GAGAGCUCCCCUGACCAACUUGCAGCAGAGCAGCAGAGAAGUUUGAAGAGGGGGAAUAAAGACUUCGUGAAGGGCUGAGAAACUCAGAAAACACACAAUUGGCAGAGGCUAAAGCCAGGCAGCCACCAUGGACGAUUUAGAUGCGUUGCUGGCGGAUUUGGAAUCUACUACGUCCCACAUCUCAAAGCGGCCUGUGUUUCUGUCUGAAGAGACCCCCUACUCCAUCCCAACUGGAGGACACUCCUACCAGGAUGUGUCAAUCCCUCCUCCGGUUCCUCCUCCUCCUUCAGCCGAGGCUCUGAACGGGUCCCUGAUAGAUCAGUCCGACUCCAUCCACUCCUCUCAGCAAUCUUUAGGUUCAGCGCAGAAGAGCUCCUGGUCGAGGGACAGCAGCAGCUCUCCGCUGUCUCACAUUGAAGAGGACCACGUCUACAGUUUUCCAAACAAACAGAAAUCAUCAGACUCGUCGACAGCAGCCAUGACCUCUGCUCUGGGCAGUAACCUGUCAGAGCUCGACAGGCUGCUGCUAGAGCUCAACGCGGUUCAGCAGAGCUCUCCAUCAUUCCCAACCACAGAAGAGGCAGCUCCACCCUUACCCUCCUGCAGCAUCACCCACUACGAGAACGGCAGCACCCCUGACAUCAUGGUGAGCCCUCCCCCUCAGGAGAAGCCCAACAGGAACGGGACGAGACUGGAGGAGGCUCGACCCACCGUGGAGAGUCUGCUGGACGAGCUGGAGGGCUCAGUGCCUUCACCCAGUCCCUCCUCUCGUCACAGUGAUCUUGACACGUCCUCUCAGCAGCAGGCCAGAAUGUCAGCGUCCUGUGCCACCAGAGAGCUAGACGAGCUGAUGGCCUCUUUGUCUGACUUUAAGAUAAUGGCUCAAGGAAAGGGUGGUGUCCCAGGUGCCCCAACACAGGUCAACAAGCUGGACAACAUGCUGGGCAGCCUGCAGUCGGACCUGAACAAACUGGGGGUGCAGACAGUAGCUAAAGGAGUGUGUGGAGCCUGCUGUAAGCCUAUUGUGGGACAGGUGGUGACUGCCAUGGGCCGCACAUGGCACCCAGAACACUUUGUGUGCACGCACUGUCAGGAAGAGAUCGGCUCCAGAAACUUCUUUGAGCGUGAAGGUCAGCCGUACUGUGAGAAAGAUUACCACAACCUGUUCUCCCCAAGGUGCCACUACUGCAAUGGGCCCAUCCUGGAUAAAGUAGUAACGGCACUGGACAGGACCUGGCAUCCUGAGCACUUCUUCUGCGCUCAGUGUGGAUCCUUCUUUGGCCCAGAGGGUUUCCAUGAAAAGGAUGGAAAAGCUUACUGCAGGAAGGAUUAUUUCGACAUGUUUGCACCAAAAUGUGGUGGCUGUGCCAGAGCCAUUUUGGAGAACUACAUCUCAGCGUUGAGCAGCCUGUGGCAUCCUGAGUGUUUUGUUUGCAGGGAGUGCUUUACCCCAUUUGUGAAUGGAAGUUUCUUUGAGCACGACGGCCAGCCUUACUGUGAAGUGCACUACCACGAGCGCCGAGGCUCCCUCUGCUCCGGCUGUCAGAAGCCCAUCACAGGACGCUGCAUCACAGCCAUGGCCAAGAAGUUCCACCCGGAGCACUUUGUGUGUGCCUUCUGCCUGAAACAGCUCAACAAAGGAACCUUUAAGGAACAGAACGACAAACCGUACUGCCACGGCUGCUUCAUCAAACUGUUCAGUUAGAGAGUCAGAGCAGGCGACAGCGCAGCUUUAGGUCAGUGUCUGCAGCGUUUUAGCACAGAGAGGGCGGGAGCGCGGUUGGUUGAUUGAUUGUGUCAAAGAAGGUUGACUUUAUUCUGACGAUGACAUUGGAAGUGUGUAUGGAUCAGGUAUGUGUAUAUGGUAAAAUACUUUAAACUGUCCUUCAGAAAGGUGAAAUCAUCCCUGUUUUUGGACUGACAGGUAUGCAUUAUUGAGGCUCUAAUGUAAGCUCUAAGGUAUUAAUGGGACAAGUUAAGAGACAAUGAAGAUAGUGAACUCAAGAUAAAUGAUGAAAUGAUCAAA